AACAAGGCAUUCGAAAAUUUUUUUCCGCUGUGAAAGCUAUUAUUUUCCUGAUGUUCGAGAAGGAGCGGAGCGCUUGUCUUUCAUCACUUAAUCCAAAGACCCAAGCCGUUGGAAGGAAAUUUUGAAAAACGAUAGUCGUCGAUGAAACUUCCACUUCUUAGCAGAAACGAACAACAUCUAUUUUAAGCUGACUUGAAAGAUUUUCUAGCGAUCAUGAAAUCGCCCAAAUUGCUACAAGUUCAAAUCACAGAGAAAUCCAUAGACUCUCUCUGGUCAUGGAUCGUUUGUAUUUCUUCAUUUUCAUUACAGUUCCUAGUCGGUGGAUUUCAUUGUUCAUUCGGUACCUUCUUCAUUGCGUUACUAGACAAAUUUGGUCGAAGCGAAGCGGAAACUGCAUGGGUAGGCGCGUUUACUAUUGGCCUUACAUUUUUCUGUGGUUCCCUGACUACUCAGCUCUGUCAUCGUUUUGGCUGUCGCAUCGUUGCCUGCACGGGUAGCGUCCUCUUAGCAGUCUCUAUGUUCCUGACUUCCAUAUCCAACAGCAUUUUGUGUAUGUACUUCACGUAUGGCGUCCUCGGUGGUCUUGCCUGUAGUAUGCUUUACUUUUCUUCCCUUGUCGCCUUGAUCCAGUACUUCCACAAGCACUUGCCUUUAGCCAAUGGUAUAGCUAUAUCGGGGGUAGGCUUUGGAACGCUUUCAAUCAACACAUUAUCCCAGUACCUUAUUUCAAAUUAUGGCCUGCCGCUGACCUUCAGAGUGAUGGCCGCAUUCUCAGCCGUGGCGUUCGUCGCAGGACUGGCUUAUUCUCCGCUCAAAACCCCAGAGGAAUGUCCAGAGGAAGCAGAAAAACACCCGACUCUUGAAAAAGAACCUGCUAAGACGUCCAAUUCGUUGGCGUCGAAGUGCAAGACAUUUUGUAAACUUGGCAAGCAAUGGCAGAACAAGGGAUUCCUGGUGUGGAUCGUGGCUAUGUCAUUGAUAUUGUUCGCCUACUUCAUCCCAACCAUGUAUCUAUCAAAGAUAGCUAAAGAUGUUGGUGUCCCGCCCUCCAAAGGAAGUCUACUGGUCGGCAUCAUGUACAUCAGUCAGUCCUUUGGCAAGUUAGCACUUGGGAAGGUUGCAAAUCUUCGCUGUGCUAAUCGUCCUCUUAUCUUCCAACUAUCGUUACUCGUGAUGUCAGUAGCAGGCUGUCUCUUACCGUUAGCGAAGUCCUACAGUGCAUUAGUAACGUAUGCGGUUGUCCAAGGAUUCUUCGAUGGAUCGUUUGUUGUAUUAAGUGGGUUAAUAACGUACGAUAUAGUUGGUAAAGAGUUGAUGGCUGAGGCUUCUGGGAGUUUAAAUUCUGUUAUAUCAAUUCCGAUGACUCUUGGUCCACCAGUAGCUGGUAUGUUCUAUGAUUUCCUUGGAAAUUACAACGUGGUGUUUUUCGUUAGUAGUGGACUUGUAUGCAUAGGAAUAUGUAUCACUUUUGUCGUACCCUGGCUAACGCCGCCGAACUUAAACGAAUUGGACUAUGACAAACAAGCCUUACUUUCGAUCGAAAAUGAUAUCGACAAAUGCUAUAAAGACGAGAAACGUUACGAUAUGUCGUACGUAGACGAACAGAAAUUAGCUUAUUUACUUAGCCAGAAGAAGGGGAAAAAUCAUCUUCUGGAAAGAAAUCGAUCUCAGCUUGAUUUUGGCUCAGUAUCUAGACCGUCAAGUUUCAUCUUGUUUAAUAUUGUGUCAGAUGAACAUCCUCAUAAUAUUUCAGCUUACACCAGUCGUCAAGACUUAGCGUUCAUAAGUGGUACCACCACACCUMUAAGAGGUACCCCAAGUACAGCAAGACGACGAUAUAACGACGUAGAAUCCCAUACAAGCAUGCAUUCACUAAGACAGAGUUUUGCAGACGUUGCACAUGCGGUGGAGACUCAAAGUAACAUUGACUGCGCGGAGCAAACCAUACUAACAUUAAUGCCGUUAGCAACUGUUGAAGAAGUAAAUGAAGGAGAGCGCAAAAUAUCUCCACAAGAGAAACAAUACUCUGGACCAUUUAUUAAAAAAGAGGUAGAGGAAGAGGAUGCGAGCGAGGAAGUUGAAAACCUUGCCGCGCAAGGAGAAGAGAGAGGUUCGUUUUCGUCUUUUUCAGACAGUGAUAAACACUGGAAGAGCUCUUCUCACUCAACUGCUGAAACGGUUGAUAGCGGAUAUAUAGAAUAUGUGGACACUUCUUCAAGCAAAGAUAAGUUAKCUUCCACUUCCGUAUGGGGGGAUGCCAACACGCGCCACUCUGCGGAUAAUCUAAUCGAUCAUGAAAAGACUGAACUAUCUAAGGAUCUCGUUCAUCAUUCAUAUAGUUGUAGCGACGUAACGGAACUUUCAGGACUUUCAGAUAUUGUCACAAAUCCGACGGACACAAGCGUGGAAUCAAUCGAUAAUACCUCGGGUUGCUAUGACUAUGAGAAUGAACUUGCAACUUUCUCAGAAUCAAUUCAAAAAGAUGGAGGAGAUUCGAGAUGGCAAGAAGAAACAGAAAAGUUGUGCUGGUCAAUAAAGGCAGAAGCAAAAGACGGAGACUCAUCAGAAGUAAUGGUAGUCGUAAAUACAAAUAAGGAAAGCGCCCAAGGCUUUAAUAAUGAGCACAUGUUCAGUUCAGUGUUUGARGAUAUUUUAGAACUCGAGGUGGGUGGGACAGAAUAUUUAAAAAGCUACCAAACGAACUACUCGUUGGAAAAUGGUUAUUUACAUGGAGGAAAGUAUCGUGAAACUGUAGUUUAAUAUAAAAAUUUAGAACUACAAUCUAAAGUUUAGUUCUUACUAAGAUAUACUAAGAGCGCAGGGGUGGAUCUAGGGAUGGUAAAAGGGGUGGCAAGUCACCCCCCUUUUGCUCAAAUUUCUCAGUAUAUCGUUAGUAACAAUCACCCCCUUUUUGUCGAGUUCCUGGUAAAACCUUUGUAAUAGUCACCCCCCUUCUAAAAUUCCUGGAUCYGCCCCUGGGGUGUACAUAUAAAAAAAGGAAGAAAAAAUACCUUGUGAGGAGAGGUGAAGUKAAGGCUUGACAUUUAAAGGAGGGUCACUAAUAGAAUUUUGAACCCUGUGGGAUGGUGCUCAGAGACGAUGGAGGAGAAGGGGCAGGGGGAGCUAUAGCCCCAAUAUUUCUGGCUAAUAUCCACUAAUUUUCCAAGCUCAGUCCUCCCAUUAUUAAGGGUGCUCUUUAGUCCUUUCAUUCAGAUAUAAAGUAAUAUUCAUAUUAUUUUGUAUGUUCACCAUAUGCUAAGUAGCUUACUUUCUAACAUAAUCAGUAAAUGUGAUAUUCCGGAAUUUAGCUGUGAAAAUAUAAAUUGUUUCCUAACUGGGAUAUUGUUUGAAAUUUACCUAGAGAUAGGUUCUUKACAUGACGUCUUUUAUUUUAACCAUUAAAACAAAGGGAGCCCAAUAGUUAUGGUGCUCUGGCUCUCAUUUCACUGAAAACUAUUAUAACUUAUGAAAUGUGUAACUUAAUAUACUAGAUAUUUUUGAUAGAUGCAAUUCACUUUAUCAUUCAUGUCAUUUGUUUGUUUCAUUGGUAUGACUGUUGGUCGGAAACUGAAAUCUGAGAGCAAAAUAAAUUUUGGGCUGUGCGAUAUGAAUUUAAUAAAUGAAGUAAAGUCAUCAKUUUUYUGUCUCAUUGAUUAKUAGUUUGCAACAAGUUAAUAUGUAAAUAUGUGCCACCACCUUCAGAGAUGACCUGCGCUGGUGAAUAGUCCCUUUCACAGUUYCCUGACAAACGGCGAACUUGCAAUGAUAGAGACCUUUUUCUUAACACCCUGGACAACUAUUCACAUGUCUCUAACUUUCCAAGCUCACCAUUCAUUCUCACUUCGAUGUGAUGACACACRGCAGCUACCUUUCAAAAUGGCACCAGGAACUGUGAAGGGGACUAUUGGUUUCAGAAUUCAGAUUUCAGAUCUCCGAACUACAACAUCUUUUUGAAAUGCAGUAAAAACCUGCAUGUAAGAACCUGAAAAUUAAAAACCUGUUUGYCUCAAA